CACUCCUCUCCCUCCUGCUCCGCUAUGUCUCUUCUGUAGCCAAAGUAGCUUGCUGAACCAAUCCACCGCAGUGCCUGGGACAGAUUGAGUGAAAGAGAGAGUGAGGGAUUUAGAGGAUGGGUAAGGGGGCUUAAGGGAAAACACACAGAACACGGAGAGAGAGAGAGAGGGAAGAAGAAGGAGGAAAAAGAGGAGGACCAACAUCCACCAAGCCUCCCUGGUGUGAGGUUUCUUGGCUACUGACGUGUGCGCACGACUCUCGUGGCAGGAUGAGUUCGUGCAGCAGCCGUGCGUUGACCAUCCUGUCCACAGUGUUCGGAGCCUGCGGGCUGCUGCUGGUGGGGGUGGCCGUGUCCACAGACUACUGGCUGAUCAUGGUGGAGGGCAUCAUCCUGCAGCAGAACCAGAGCAUGGAGGUGAAGAUGGCGCUGCAUUCAGGCCUGUGGAGAGUUUGCUUCGUGGCGGGAACAGAAAACGGGAGAUGUGUUGCAUCCGAGUACUUCACUGAACCCGAGAUAGAGAUCACCACCGAAAACACUGCAAACAUCCUCAAGAUGGUGCGGACGGCCACUCCCUUCCCGAUGGUGUCGCUGCUCUUUGUCUUCACCGCCUUUGUCAUCAGUAACAUCGGACACAUCCGGCCUCAGCGUACCAUCCUGGCCUUUGUGUCCGGCAUCUUCUUCAUCCUCUCAGGCCUCAGUCUGGUGGUGGGUCUGGUGCUCUACAUCUCCAGUAUUAAUGACGAGGUGAUGAACCGGCCCAGAGAGCCCGAGCAGUUCUUCAACUACCACUAUGGCUGGUCCUUCGCCUUCGCUGCCUCUUCCUUCUUACUCAAAGAGGGGGCUGGGGUGAUGUCAGUCUAUCUGUUUAUGAAGCGCUACGCCGAGGAAGAGAUGUACCGCCCCCACCCUGCGCUCUACCGCCCCCGCCUGUCCGAGAGCAGUGACUACAGCGGCCAGUUCCUCCACCCAGAAUCCUCCUGGCCUCAACCGAAGCGAGGCCGCAGCACCUCUGAAGCCUCCAGUGACAUCUCCAUCCAGCUCAACCAGGCACCACCAGCACCCCCCAAAAGCAGCCUCCAAGGGCAGGGCAGCCCACCUUCUGGGUCGUCCUCCGCAGGGAGCUACCAGAUGCCUCCACAGUCUGCUGGCUACCCCACCACGCACACCCUCACCAGGUCGCACUCCUCACACCCCCAAGGCCAGGCUCUCCCCAUGGCAAUGCCUCCAUCACCUGUACCUCCCCCUCACUAUCACACACACAUGCACAUGAGCGCCUCCCCCUGUUAGGAAGCAGGAGCAUCGGGGAGGGAAGAGACACUGACUCCUCAUAAUCACGUACACUGUACAUUUAGCUGUGGAUGAGAGUUAAUGCUGAGCUUAGAGCACAGAUCAUGUGAGAUGAAGUGGAGGGAGAGGUGAUCAAACAUAAUAAAAUGUAGCUUUGGAACAAUAUGAACCAAGGACAGAGGAGGUGUUGGAGAGUAAAAGGAAAGGUUUAACAGGAUUGUGGGGGAUUUGACAGAAACCGUGAUGGACACAGAACAGUAGAAACAGGAGGAAAAGAAAAAGGAAUUUCGGGUUGUCAUAAUGGAAAGAGGCAAAAAGAGUUUCCUAGAAAGACUUUAGAGGUUAGGUUGAGUGACAGAGGAGAUAUAGGAGAGGGAGUGUGAGGCAGGGAGAGCGAGGGGCUGCGGUAUAAUACAAGAUACUGCAGUGCUGCAGGAAAUUUGUAUGCACUUGGAAAUGUACAAUGCAAAACACUGAUCACAAAGACUGAGGAUGCACAUAGUUUUAUACAUACAUAAUUCAUAAAAAUACACGGAAAAAGGUACCUUUUUUUACCAAAAGGUAAAUGUGGUUAUAUUCUUGUCUUCUCUGAAUUUCUUACAUCAUCAGUCCAGUUUCAUAACUCACAAUGUCAAAGUAAUAUUAAUGAUAUUAUUAAUUAAAAAAACAUUAGUUAAACAAUAGAGUAAUUCUUAAAUGAGAACACUGUAUGUGAAUGUUGUUAAUCUUUGUAAAAAAAAAAAAAAAUACAGACAGACAGAAGUGGAUGAUGUUCUGAAAUAUCAUAAGAGCAAAUCGUCAUGUUUUACAUAUUUGUUUAAGAUACAAAUUUAUAAAAUUCUUGUAUAUAAAAUUGCACAUGAGGAGUUCUAUAUAGCUGUUGUAAAUUAUGAAUGAAGCUUUGGCACAAGUCACAUCAAGAAAAUGUCUGACUCAUUCUGCUUUGGAUGAAGACUCUGCAACAGGCGCACUACAACCAACAACGCACCCUGUGGAUGCAGCGCACGCUGGUUUAAAGGAGGAACCACCCAGUGCUGACACGGCGGUCUGAUGCCCUCUACUGGCCACUGCUCCGCACUGACCCUGGAUCAGCUCUGGGGCCCAGGUCACUACUUUUUCAUGCACUCUUCCUUCCUCACUGGUCUGCACUGUGUGUCAGGUGAUGGUGCAGCACAGAUGAGUCAACGGUGAAUGUCAGGAGCAAGGAGACAUUUUGAACUGCACAUGGAUCAAGAUUUAUGCUUUAAAGACUGGUUAGAUGUAUUUUUUAAAAGCUUCAAAGCUGUUUAUAUAUAUCUGGAAAUCUCACAUGGUGAAAGUAUUAAUUGCAUUUGCACUUACUGCUCAAAGGAUGAUACCACUGUUAGUGAAAUUCAGGUCCUCACUAUGUAGACAAAGUAUUUAAAAUGUUUUUGGUGACAGUGCAUCCUGCUAAAGGUUUCUAGACUACCUGAAAAUAUGUUUUGCGCUCUCUUGUAACUGAUACAACUAAUGAUUAAUUUUAUUUUCUGUUAAUCAGCUGAUUACUUUCUAGACUGAUCAUUUUGUCUAUUAAAUGUCAGAUAAUAGUGAAAAAUGCCAAGUUGAUGUAUUUAAACAGCUAGUUUUAUUUGAUCUGCUAUCCAAAAGCAAAAGAUAGUCCUUAUUCCACCCUGUGACAAAGGAAUGCACCGAAUACUUGCAGUUGAAAAUCUGGCACAAGCAAGAGUUUAGAAUUUUGCUUUGAAACUGACUGAAAUGGUUGUUUUGCUAUUAUUUAUUUAUGUUGAUGGACUUACGGUAAUUGAUAAAUCAGGUAUUUUCAGACGAUCCCGCAUGGGUCACAGUAGCGCUUCCUUCAACAUCACAGUGUAGCAGACUGUGUAGGACGUUGUAGGAUGUUUUAGCCAAGCACUUUAACCAAAUAUAGUUAUAUUGUGGGCAUGAAUGGAUCAAUAAAUGAGCUUGCAGGCUCAGGAGUCAAGAGUGCAGGGCACCCCCUUGGCCUUCACCUGCAAAGUGUCACUAAAAUUAACACGUGUGGAGCAAGAAGAGACUCUAAAUGACUGCAAAUAGACACAGGGAGGCUCGCAAAGAUAACAAAAGGGGUCAAAACAACCACAAAGAGACACAGAAUGACAACAGAGAGAGACACAAAACAACUUAAAUGAAUUAAAACAACUACAAACAGGCAUAAAAAGACUGCAAAAAAGACACAAGGAGGCUCAAAACAACAAUGCAAAGGGUCAAAAUAACCUCAAAGAGACACAAGAUGACAAGAAAGAGAUGCAAAACAAAUUCAGUUAGAUUCAAACAACUAC